AUGCUUUGCAUGAUCACCUGCAUGGUAAUAUCGCGACUUGAUUCGGAUAGCACCAUCGCUGUAUUGAGAUUCAACAUCACCAGGGUAAGCAGACUUCAAAGCUCUUCAAAAAUUCGACCUUUAGCUGAACCAGUUCUUACACCACUUCAUGGUCACUUUCGUGUCACGUGGUGGGACACAGAAAAAUUGGAAUGGUCCACUGAAAACCAAUGUGAAACCAGCACCGAAGGGGAUGUGAUAGUCGCUAAAUGCCAGCAUCUAACGGAUUUCACACUCAUCGUUGUGAGUCGUUUGCUUGAAGCUAAACUGGAUUAUAGAAACAUCAUGCUUUCCGUGAGAAUUAUUUCAGUUAUGGGAGGGUGUCUACGUUCCUUAUAG